CUGCAGAAAUAAAAGGUUGUUAAAAAUAAAAUUUACACUAGUAAUACACAAGAUUGAGUAGAAAAACAUUUCAGGAACAGAUAUAUACAGCAUCACGUACUCAGAGACAGAAACAAAAGAUUAGUUGUGGAAGAGUAGAAAGAAUGAUCUUUGAAGCUUACUCCAGAGAUGGAGGCGAUGAGAAAUAUCAGUAGAUUCAAAGUCCAUAAUAAAUGUGAAUAUGAUAGAUACGGUUGUCAUGCCAAACAAGUUUACAGAAAAUAAAGCGAUAGGGAAAACUUUGGAGUAAUAGGUGGUGCUAUACAGGAAGAAGUAAACGAUAAUAAUUGCCUACCAGCUUAUGAAGACACUGGAAUGAGAUAUAAGCGGCGAAAAUACAUGGAAAAAGCUACCCUAUCCUCAUCAUGUUUUAGAAAUCAUCAGAAAAAAUUGCGGACACCAUCUCAAUUUCUAAAGCAGAAAAUUUUUUUUUCUCUAGCUGAAACAAUGGGGAACACUAAAUAAUAGUAAGGUGAUAAAAACACAAACAAAAAAUGAUGUUACUGCAUAAGACAUUUAAUAUUAAACAAAGGUAAAACGGGAUUAGAUAAACUCUUCAAAUAUGUAUAAAAAAAAGAUGAAAAUAUAAAACUAGGAGGUUAUGAGGUGCCGUUACAGAGGAAGUAUUUUGACGGCUGAGCCCGUCCUAACCACUGUAAACAAAUAUUAUGUCACUCUUCCCAUUACAAUAUUACGAGCGGUGAAUUACUACCUAUAUUUUGGUAAUAUCCAUCUUGACUGUGGCAGUGUAAGAUUUCUUCAUCACAACAAACCAAAUGAUGGGUGUUCAGAACAAAAACUUCCAAAAACUCAUUUCUUUAGUGACUUUUAUGAGUAAAACAAGUGCUAAGAAUUCAAGUAGACAAUCACUACCAAGUUGUCUUAGGAUUCCACAUUUAUGGCACAGAAAUUUUUAUACCUCUUCACCUCUGGCAACCAAGUAUUUAUUGUCUGGAAAUGGAGAGCUAUCACAUGCUAUAGCAACAGGUGCUGGAAACAAAUUGUUAUUUGAAAACUGUAAUGUUUGUGGAUAUUCCUCAUCAACUGAUGAUUACUUAUCACUCUCAAAUGUGAAUGUACAGAGAUAUUUAUUGCAUCUGAAGAACAGUUACCUACAAGCUACUAAACAUGCAGAUCAAGACAGUAUGAAGAUAAUAAGAAAUCUCAAGGAUUUAAUGGAUGCAGUCAAUGAGAUGGAACGUUUGCAAACAGAGAUUGAGGAACUUCAAGAACUUGCCAAAGAUAUUAGUGAAGGGAAUGAAAUGCAGCAGCUGGCUGACAGUGACCUGAAGGAUGCCAAAGACAGGUUACAGUCAUUGGAAGAAAAAGUGUUGAUUGCAAUGGUACCCUCAGAACCACUAGAUGACACUGACAUAACCAUUGAAGUUAGUGCUGGAGUUGGUGGUCAGGAAGCCAUGCUCUUCUGUCGUGAGAUUUUUGAGAUGUAUCAAAACUAUGCUAACUUCAUGGGGUGGGAAAUGGAAGUAACAGAGUUUGAAAAAACUGAUCUUGGUUGGGACCAAAGGACGUUCAGAGAAGAUCAGAACUUAUAAUUAUCCACAGGACAGAGUUACUGAUCACAGAAUUGGAGUCUCGGUGCAUAAUCUUCCUUCCCUUCUGGAUGGUUCAGAUCUACUUCACACACUUGUCUGCAAAGUUAUGAGUGAAGCAGACAAAGAAAAUGUGCUUGAAGUGAUAGAAAACUUUAAUGCUCAUCAUAGUAGGGAAAGUUAGUAUUAUGAUGACAGUAAAUCAGUACAUUUUGUUCAUUUAAAAUUCACUUAUAAAAAGACUGUUUGCAGAGCAACAAGGUUGAAAACAAAUGGAAUACUUUGGUACUCCUUUUUAUUUUACUGUAUACAGAUGUUUAAACUUACUAUUGUGAAUAUUAUUGUAAAUAUGUGUCACAAUGCCAUGGAAUUUACUGUAAAUUUAAUUUUGACAAACUAUUUUAUUUAUGUGAAUAAAUUAUUUUAUUUUACUG